AUAAACAAACAAAGGGAGCAGCAAAGGGAACAACAACAAGAUGCCCGAGCCUCUGGGCAUACUGUGGUCCACGCCGGAGACAAAGAAGAAGGCGCCCAUUAUCAAGGUAUCCUGCGGCAUUGGCGACACGGACGGCUUUCCCGCCUUCGAUGUGGAAUCGGAUGUCUACGAUUCCAAGGAUGAUGAGAAAUGGGGCUUUUUGAUAACCGGCGGCGCCGAAUUUCACAUGCCCUUAACCGUCUUUCAGGUAACGCCGAAUGGUAUAGCCGACAAGUCGGGCGUACGUCUGGGCGAUAUAAUACUCGAGAUUAACGAAGAGGACGCCACGCAGCUGACACUGGCCCAGGCACACGAACGGAUCAACGCGACGCCCAAGAAGGUGCACUUUCUCAUGCGCAACAUGGAGGAGGACGAUGCGAUGGGCAUGUACGAGGCCGGCGAGGAGAAGUCCAUUGUGAUGCGUGUGCCCAAGCCAAUGCCGCCGCCAAAGGGCCGUGUGCUGCCCAGCUCCAUUGAGCUGCGCCUGCUGGAAAUGCAGCGCAAAUUGUCGGCCAUUGCGGAAAUACCAAAAAUCUUAAGCUCAACGCUGGCCACCGUCUCCCAAUCCUUUGGCAGCCUCAGCGCCGAGGAGGAGCAACAGCAGCAGUUGAGCCACAUGCAGCGCAAGUUCUCCUACGAUGAGGAUGCGCUAGACUAUGAGCUGCUCGAGCAGCUGGCCAGCGGCGAUGAGGAGACGGAGGAGGAGGCGGAGGAGGAUGAGGAGGGGGAGGACGCGGAGCAGGAGGAUGAUCUGGGGCAGGUGCCGGAUGACGAAGAUGAUGACGAGCUCGUGUCGGAAUGUUUAGCCAAGCAGCUAAAGGAUUUGACGCCCGAAUCGGAUUAUGCAUCGGAAGUCAAUUAUGCGACAAAUGAGCCAGACAAUGACAAUGCCAAUGACAAGGACCAAGUGCAGAUGGAGAAUGAUGAUGACUUGGCAGCGCACAAGACCGUUUACUAUAUGAAGCUGCCUGCAGUGGCCUCUGCCAGCUCCAGCGAGGAGGAGGAUGACGAUGAGGAUGACAGCGAUUUCCUGAGCACCACUUACACCUGGAAUCUGCGUUAUGUGCCCAAGCUGCGCAUUAAUGAAGGCGAUGUCGAUGCCGCAACAGAUUUGACGCUCAGCCCGCAGCUGGAGUUGCCGGGGAAUGCGAUUGACACCUCAAAGGUGCGCGCUGCGACGCCAACGCCCACGCCCAUGCCCAUGCCCACCGCCACGCCCACUUGCACGCUUGAGGCGAAUGUGGAGGCAACAAUAGCAUCGCCAACCGAGUCACAAAAGCUGCUUUUCAAGCUGGAUAACCUGGAGCGCAGCUGGCCCUGGGCGGAUCGUGAGAAAAUCAUCUACAAGCAAUCAACUUGUCAUCUGGUGCCGCGCAAGCCGCUGGGAAUCGUUGGACAGCGCAUCCAGCUGCUGGCCAAACAGGAGCUGCUGCACAAGGAUAAGACGCAAUAGUCGGGCACAUCGCACAGCUCCUCGCUUAGGCAUCCCAUCGGCUGGCUGCAGCUGGCAGCCAGCCAACUUUUAAUAGAGUUCAUUAUGCAAAAUGCGCCAGAGGCAAAACAAAAAAAAACUACUUUCAGCAGAAGCCGCAUAAGGUGAAGGGGCAACUUUUACACUCACUUACAUGUGUUCUCUGCCUGCUUUUGAAGCUCAAAUUUUUUUGCCUUUUUAAUUAGAAUCUGCGGUUGUAAUCUGUACUAAAUAUGCUAAUCAUCGUUUUUUUUACCUCACUUUUGUUAAACUCUUUCACAUGCUUUUUUUGCAAAUUAGUUGUUCUUGGUAAAACAGUUGGAAUUCG